UAGACCCCCAACUUGGAGCUGUUCACCUCGUCCACAGGUCUGGCUUCAUACUCACCCUGUGCCACAGCCAUGGCUCAGUCGCUGGCUCUGAGCCUCCUUCUCCUGAUUCUGGCUCUCAGCAUCCCCCGGAUCCAAGGCAGCGAUGGAGGGGCUCAGGAUUGUUGCCUCAAGUACAGCGUAAGGAAGAUUCCUGCCCACAUUGUCCGCAGCUACCGGAAGCAGGAACCAAGUUUAGGCUGCCCCAUCCCAGCUGUCCUGUUCUUACCCAAGAAGCACUCUCAGGCAGAGCUUUGUGCAGACCCUAAGAAGACCUGGGUUAAGCAACUGAUGCAGCGUCUGGACAAGCCACCAGCCCCACAGAAACAAGUCAGGGGCUGUAGGAAAGAUAAGGGGACCUCCACAGCUGGCAAGAAAGGAAAAAGCUCCAAAGGCUGCAAAGGGGCUGAACAGCCACAGACCCCAAAAGGACCAUAGCCCAGUGUCCAGCCAGGAGCCCCUCAGGCCCCCACCAGCCUCAUCAGGGAUUGAAGCCCUAACCCAAGGGCAAGAAGGGGGCUAAAACAGAGGAAGGACUCUGGGGCUUGGAGCAGCCAUCCAAUGCUGGCUUUGCCUCACCCCCAUCUCCUGCUUCAACCAUCCUAUCUGCAUUCCCAUCCCUACUACCCUGCAAGGCUGAGUUGCCCACACCAGGCCUGGCCCCAAGAGGCAAAGGAGGGAGAGUCUUCCAGGAAGUAUGAGAGGAGGCAGCAGGACUGUCCCCUCUGAGGAGAAGUCACUCAGGACUCUGGACCUGAGCCUGUUCCCCACUGCACCCCACCUGUUCCUUAUAAAGAUGAUUUGUAACCGAUUGAAUAAAAAGCUGUUCCAGCCUCCCAUUCAAA